AUGGCGGGAGAGUCAAAUCAGCUGGAGCAGUCCGACUCCGGAGUCAGCCCGUCGCCGGAGACUGUCGACGCGCUGCUUGAGGCGGCUAGAUACGACGAUCUUGACGACAUCAAAGGCUUGGUGUCAGAUGGUGUUCCUCUCAAUUCUAAGGAUUCAUUCGGAAGGACAGCUCUUCAUAUGGCUGCUGCUAAUGGUCAUCUUCAAAUCGUCAAGUAUCUUAUUGAUCAAGGAGUGGAUGUUAAUGCUUCCAACGAGGAAAAGAAUACAGCCCUUCAUUGGGCUUGCCUGAAUGGCCACAGCGAGGUUGUGAAGAAGCUGAUCUUGGCUGGAGCUAGUUUAUGCAGUCUCAACAGCCAUGAGAGGACUCCCAUGGACGAAGCUGUUACCCGGGGCAAAAUGGACGUUGUCGAUUCGAUUAAUGAGGCUGUAGCACAACGGGAGCUAUCUGGUGUCGCAGUUUCCUGA